AUGCCCCAUUUCCCAAAAGACUCGGGAUUCCCGGACAAAAGUCCUUCAAGCCAUGCUGUCACAGUCAAAAACCGUCGCAAGCGGUAUCUGGACUUACACCCAGAAUACUACUCAGCGGAGCUUGAGCUAGCCGACCCAUUGCUAUACGACCGCCUUAUCCGCCGAUUCCAAACGCCACAAGAAAGAGAAGCCGCGGGGCGAGCCAAGGGGUUCUCCGGCGUGCUGCAGACAGAUAUCAUGCGCUCUGAGGCGAGAAUGGAUGCCAUCUCUCAUCCGGAUCCGCAUGCUAUGAUGAGCUAUACCCGCGGCCCGGAUGGGGAGAUCCUCGCUGAGGACCGUGAUGAUAUCCCCCCGAGCAAAGAAGAGGGCGAGCGGCUUUGGCAGUGGGAGAUGGGGCUGCGGUUCAUGCAGGGUAAUGACCCGGAUUUCGAUUACAAGAUUGUUGAUGAAGAUGAGGAACUCGAUGAUCACGCCGAUAAGGUAGAUGAGUAUUUCGAGGACGAGGAGCCUGAGUGGGUCGUCGAUAAUGCUUCCGGGGAAGAUGUGCGUGCGAAUCUCCAGGGCGAGACUGGCGUUCAAGAUUUUUGA